AUGAACGCUGCGCAAGCUGGACAGGCGGUCAGCGUUGAGCCUCUAGCACAGGAUGUGCUUGCGACGGUAUCGGAGACAGAGACGGUGCAUGGCAGUGUACUCUCUGUACUGUGCCAGGAGUACAGCGACCGGACGCUAGUCCUUGUCACGCAGCUUGGCAAGAUUGGGUACCUCGUACAAGUCCAAGUAUAUCCUGCAAGACAAGAUGCGCAGCACAUGGAACAAGAUACACAGCCAGCGAUGCAGUUUCCUGUGACGUCUACCGUGCCGUUGUUUGGCGCACCGCCGCGCGGGAUGGAGGAUUUGUAUGCAUUGUAUGCCACACGGAUUGCAGCGUGGAUCUAUGCGUCGCAGCACACUCCUGAGAUGAGUGUGCGCGACGUAAAGCCAGUCGUUGUUGGUCUAGCACUACCGCGUGUAGGCAAAGAUGAUGAUCUCGACACGGAGCGGGUACGAAUGGAGGCUGUACAACGGUUGGUGAACAAGUGCCGCGUUUGGUAA